UUAACACAGCGUGCUCGCCGAUUAGAACGCCGACAGCGCGCUGCCGCAGUGAACCCUCUUGCGUUCGCGCUUGAAGAAGCGUACAGCACGGAGCGCCUACUAGCUGCAAGUGACCCGUUUCGGAAAGUGGUGAGGAGGAGAGGGGGGAAACAGGAGCUCCAACCAUGAAGACGACGACCGACCAGGGACCGGUGGUGAUGGUUGGAAACGGUGUGGAAGAGACGGCCGAACUGCGGACGACCAGCAUUGCCACCGUGACGCGGUGGCUGCUCGACGAGCGGCCCGAUCUGGUCAUCCCCGAGGGCUCGCGGUUGAUACUGUACUUCCUGCGUACGACCAAGUACGACCUGGACAAAGCCAAGCGGAAGCUAAUGACGUUUCUAAACAACAGAGAGAAGCUCACGGAAUGGUUCAAAGACCGGGAUCCGUUUCGGCCCGAGAUACAGGAGCUGCUGGACAUUGGGGUGUUUUUGCCGCUGCACCAGAAGGACGCACUGAACCGGCAGGUGGUGGUCAUCCGCACCGCCGCACACGAUCCCGAGAAGCACAAGCAGGACGAUGUGUUCAAGGUGGACAAGAUGAUACUGGAUCUGCUGAUGCACCUGGACGAGACGGUUUCCGUGCACGGGGUGGUGGCCAUAUUCGAUAUGCAGGGCGUCACGCUUGGCCACGCACUGCAGCUAACGCCGUCCAUGAUUAAAAAAUCCGUCGAAAGCUGGGAGAACUACCCCUGCAAACCGAAGCUGCUCGAGUUCGUUAACGUACCUGUGCACGUGAACAUUGUGCUGAAUGUGUUUAGGAGUUUCAUGAGCGCGAAGAUGCGCGAACGCGUCACCAUAUCACGCAAGGGUUCGUCGCUGGAGCAGUCGAUCACAUUGCCGCUCGAGCUGGGCGGUAAUGGAGAGAGCUAUUACGAGCUUUCCGAGCACUGGAAGCAAAUGGUACAGGACAAUGCGUCGUUCUAUGCCAAAAUGGAAGAGAACGUGUUCCACUUAUAGGGAUGAGGUGAGGGGGUGGGGGGGGGGAAUGAUGAGCAGCGCUACUUUGAAUGAAUCAUAUCCUAUUGGAAUAAGGUUUCCGGGGCUACGCGGAAUAGAUGUGUAAGCAUGUCUAAAUGACUUUUAGAAUACAAUUUUUAAGCACAUUUUAGUGUGAACACAGCUAAAGCAGAUGUUGUUUUUGUGCCGGCCACGAAAGAUUGAUUGACGUUCAACCGAGACGAUAAUCCAACCCCGAUUGCCAUUAUCGUACCAUCGGUGUGCCGUUCGGGGAUGCCAUGCAAGAUAACACAUCCGCGCUUCAAUGAGGAAGGGGAUGGCGGUGUUUCUUAUCACACCCGAAUGACUGCCAGUACACAAUGCCAAUCAACCAGCGGAAAUCACCAUCCAUUGACCAGGGUCAUGAACAGAGCAGAGGGACAUUUCUUUCGCUGCCUCAUCGUUUCUUCGCCUAAUCCACUGGAUGGGAACAAAACACACACAUGCGAAUUAAAAGAAAUC